GGGGCGGCCGCAGGCGUGACCUUCCCAACAUGGCGGCGGCCGGGCGUGAGUGAGGGCGGGCCCUGGACGCGCCCAGACCAAUGGCAAACCGCGAGAGGCGCGGGGGCGGGGAAGACGACAGCCGCAUGCCCAACCCGGGGCUCGGGAGGUGGCUGAGGAGUGAAUUUUCUGGAAGGCGACUUUAAAGGCGCCAGGCCGGAGCGAAGGGCGUUUUGGUGUCGCCGCCGCCUGGGCCUGGGAGGGGGCGCGUUAGUGGCAGGAAGCGAGCUACGCCGAGGUUGCUGCGGAACCAGCUGGUGACCGGCAGGAUGAACCACAAGAGUAAGAAGCGGAUCCGCGAGGCCAAGCGGAGUGCGCGGCCGGAGCUCAAGGAUUCUCUGGACUGGACGCGGCACAACUAUUACGAGAGCUUCUCGCUGAACCCGGCGGCCGUGGUGGAUAACGUGGAAAGGGCAGAUGCUUUACAGCUGUCUGUGGAAGAGUUUGUGGAGCGAUAUGAAAGGCCUUACAAGCCCGUAGUUCUGCUCAAUGCCCAAGAGGGCUGGUCUGCACAGGAGAAGUGGACUCUGGAACGCCUGAAAAGGAAAUACCGGAACCAGAAGUUUAAGUGUGGUGAGGAUAAUGAUGGCUACUCGGUGAAGAUGAAGAUGAAAUACUACAUUGAGUACAUGGAGAGUACGCGAGAUGACAGCCCCCUUUACAUCUUUGAUAGCAGCUAUGGUGAACACCCCAAAAGAAGGAAACUUUUGGAAGACUACAAGGUGCCCAAGUUUUUCACUGAUGACCUUUUCCAAUAUGCAGGGGAGAAGCGGAGGCCCCCUUACAGGUGGUUUGUAAUGGGGCCACCACGCUCUGGAACUGGGAUUCACAUUGACCCACUGGGAACCAGUGCCUGGAAUGCCUUAGUUCAGGGCCACAAGCGCUGGUGCCUGUUCCCAACGAGCACUCCCAGGGAGCUCAUCAAGGUGACACGUGAAGAAGGAGGGAACCAGCAGGAUGAAGCUAUUACCUGGUUUAACGUGAUUUAUCCCCGGACACAGCUUCCAACCUGGCCACCUGAAUUCAAACCCCUGGAAAUCCUGCAGAAACCAGGAGAGACUGUCUUUGUACCAGGAGGCUGGUGGCAUGUUGUCCUCAAUCUUGACACUACUAUUGCCAUCACCCAGAAUUUUGCCAGCAGCACCAACUUCCCUGUUGUAUGGCACAAGACGGUAAGAGGGAGACCAAAGUUAUCAAGGAAAUGGUAUAGGAUCUUGAAGCAAGAGCACCCUGAAUUGGCAGUUCUGGCAGACUCAGUCGACCUUCAGGAGUCCACAGGGAUCGCCUCUGACAGCUCCAGUGACUCCUCCAGCUCCUCCAGCUCCAGCUCAUCAGACUCCGACUCAGAGUGUGAGUCAGGGUCUGAAGGUGACGGGACCGUGCACCGCAGGAAGAAGAGGAGGACGUGCAGCAUGGUGGGCAACGGGGACACCACCUCCCAGGACGACUGUGUGAGCAAAGAGCGCAGCUCCUCCAGGAAGAGUCAAUCUAAAGAAGUUAAAACUUAAAAAUCCGGGCACAAUAAUGUCUCCCAGUCUUGAAGAUGGCAGUGCUGAAGGACGAGAGUGCUGUGCCACCUGUGGGACUGGCUGCAGCAACACGUGCCUUGAUGCUUAGUGGAGCAGCCCUGAAAACCGUGCCACAAGAGGCCCCGGAGCCAGUGCCUGCUGCAGUGCUUCUGGCAGCAUUCCCGAUCUCACACAAGAUGGUGCCAAAAUUCCAGAAGUUCACUUGGCCAGACUGGGAUGCCGGUCCGUCCUCCCACGGCCAAGCAGUCCCUUGGGCUGCAGAUGCUGAGGCAUUUACACCUGAACAGAAGUGCAGAACACUGAAGGUUGCUUUGAGACUUGUUUUCUAUAUCAUCAGGAAACCAAUAUACAGCUGCAUCCCCAUGGUCCUCAUCACAAAGAAAUUCAGUUGCAACUGUGAAGCCUGGAGUUCCACUGUCCUCUGUUAACGUUGAUCAGCCUUUGUUCUCAGAGAUCACACUACACAGGGCAUUGGCCACCUUGUCAUCCCAGCGCUUUCUGAACUACAAAGUAACCCCGUAAUCGGGAAGACUGGAACAGCAUUCAUUUCUCAGUUCAAGAUGAUUACCACUUUUUCUGAAAGGACACCCUACUUGACAAUGAAGGGGUUCAUUGCCCAAAGCCUCCCAUGUGCUACAAAGCUUCCAAAAGCUGGCCGUGAAAUUCAGACUUCUCUCCAAACUGAACAAAAGUCACUCACCAUGCAUGGCACUCUUCUCACACUUAAUUGUUCACCGGUUACCCAUAAUAAACUUGGCCUAGCAAAGUUCCCAAAACUAUGGAAAGUAGAAAAAGCAAAGGAGACCAGACACUCAGAGACUGUCAGUCUGGGAAGGACAACCUCAGAACUAUUGCUGAUUCAGAUACUGAAAUAGGAAUUUCAAAAACUCCCAUCAAGAGGAAAAAGCUCAAGGCUGCCAGUGAAGAAGCAAAUUUGUAAAGUGACCCAACAAGAAAUCGAGCCAGCAAUCAAGCGUAGAUGUUGUAUUUCGUGGAUGCCUUGACUGAAUCUGCGCAAGCCAAUCCAUCCAGUUAAUCAAAACAAAAAUCAAUAAGAUAAUCUGUUUACAAGGACCUGCCCUCUUCCUGGGCACCUAUCAGGCUCAUGGUGAAGUUUGUUUACUGUCCACAUGCAUCUAGGGUCUUUAAGUGCCAGAGGUCCCUAUUGGAUGUGCUGGCUGAAGUGUUGAGAGGUGGGAGGAGGAUAGUGACAGACUGAAGUUGGUAGGCCUGUGACUACCUGCAGUCUUUGCUGCCUGAUGUUCCUGUUCUGAUCCAUCUGUGAGUAGUAAGUGUUUAAGAAAAUGCAUUAGGAAAGUUCAGGACCCACGUUCCUUUCUGUCCUCUGUGGUCAAGCUGGAACUUCGCAGGGAAAUUAGAUGUCUUAUUCAAGUGAAUUGAUCAGACCAGAAGGUGCACUUCUCAGGCCUGGUUGUCCUCUUCACAGCCAUACGUAGAGUUCGCUCCUUGCCCUUUAAGUUGUUUCUCUUAUUACAGACCUAGAUCUAUACUUGAUGUGUCAGUCAUGUGUAAGAAAAAUGUUUUAGAAAAAGCCCUGCCAUUACUUCACAUGGGAUCCUGUUUUUUUUUUUUUUUUAGAGACAGUCUCACUUUGUCACCCUCGGUAGGGUGCCAUGGCCUCACAGCUCACAGCAACCUCCAGCUCUUGGGCUUAAGCGAUUCUCUUGCCUCAGCCUCUUGAGUAGCUGGGACUACAGGCGCCCGCCACAAUGCCCGGCUAUUUUUUGUUGCAGUUUGGCCGGGGCCGGGUUUGAACCCGCCACCCUCAGUAUGUGGGGCCGGCGCCCUACCCGCUGAGCCACAGGCGCCGCCCAGGAUCCUGUUUUUAACAUUACCAUCCAGCUCUGCACCCAGCUGUGCUGUCUACGUGCUGAGUACGGCAGUUAGACUUCCGUGGCAGGAUAAGGGACACUUGUGGAGGCCACGCUGAGCAAAUAAAGAAGACUCGCCUGAGAUGGCUUCAGUGUAAGCGGGUGGCGUGGCAGCCACCCAACUCAGUUCUCAUGUCUUCUGCUGCCCAACCUUCUCCUCUGCCUUUGCAUUUGGAUGUUCCUUCUCUGGUUCAAGUUCCUAUCUCAGCCAAAUGCUAUUUUUACUGCUAAGAAUAGAUACCAAGAAGUGUAAAAGCCUGGCAGCUCAGUCAAACACUAAUGCUAACAGUUACGUCGGGUAAGAAAGGUCUAUGCUGUCUCCUUGAAAACCACCCUGGUGGGCCACAAGGCUGGAGGGCGUGAUCCUUUUAGCACCGUGUAUACAUUACUUGCCCAAGUUAAGGAAGGAGCUCCUACCUUUCACAGAGGUGGCCGUCCUUGUGCAAGCAGAGACUCUGAGAGUGGCGAGGGGAGACUUUGAUCUGUGUGAGCCUACGACAUGUCAGAAGUACUGUAAGUGCCACCCUCUGGUGUGUCACGAUCAGUCCCAAAACUCAUUUGGGGGCAGUGACCUACCACCAUCACCCACUGCUUAGCCCUGUCUCAGGGUUCUUCCCCUUUCUCCACAGAGAGAUUGUGAAAUGGCAGGGUUAUUUUUGUGUGGCUUAUUUUGCUGGGGGAACUGGAGGGGUGACACAUUUGGGGUUUUUGUUUACCUACAGAGAAUGUGUUCCUACCACAGAACUUAAAUUGUGAAUAGGGCCAAGUUCUUUUUUUUUUUUUUUUUUUUUAAGUUUUUGACCUUUAUUUCUGAUCUCUAGGGCCAAGUUCUAACAGAUGGGCGUUUCCUGCUUGUCUGACCUGCAGACAUUAAGUGUUACAUGCAAGAGAUAAAUUCACAGGUGGGAUUUAUAGUGUUUGGGGUCUGAUGAUAACUUCUAAAUAACUAGUGUGAAUAUUUGGGGAUUGACCAGCAGAUUACAUCUCUUGUACUCUUCGUUCACCUGCUUGCCUUAAUCUGUCCCUAAAUUCAACUAAAUUUAAAUAAAAAAUAAGAGCGAGGUUGUCAAGAGCCAUGCCCACACAGAAGUAACAUCUUGGGAUGGAGUGUGAAUAAAGGGCUUAGAAGCCAGGUAGGAGAAGGAACCUGUCAUGGUAGCGUUGCAGAGGAAGAGAGCAGCACAUGUGGGUGAGUCAGGAUUAGUGAUGCCUCUCAAAUACCACUGAAAACAGGUGAGACCAGGGAAUCCAGGCCUCUGCCCAGCGUUACCUUACUAGCAGGCAAAUUGUCAUUUCCUGGCACUGGGUCAUGUGCUUUACUCUAGAUGGCAGCUUGUCCGUUUUGUCUUUGUUCAGUUUUCUCUAUUCUGAAAUGCCGACCCGUGGCUGGGCUGGUGGGAGAACUUCCACAGCCUUUCUCCAGCGGUGCCCCUCACUCCACCUGCUGAGGAGGGGGGGUGCUGCUCUCCCUCCUCCCUACAGGGCCCAGUAUGUGUUUGAAUCUGAGUAAAGUAUGAUCUCUGGGUAGUACUAUCUGAGUGGUGUUCCUCCUGUUAAAAGACUUCUUGCAGUCUUCAAAAGCUUUUUUCUUUUUCCCACUACUGCUACUGGGCUGUCACCCUUGACCUUAUCGUCCUCUCAAUUGCAUACCAACCACUACUUGAAUUUAGAAUAAAAAGCUACCCAAGAAAGGUUGAUUGCCACCAGGGGGCGUAAUGAGAUCAUUGUCAGUGGCCUGGGUGGUGGAGGAGAAGUUUGAAUUUUGAAGAUUAGCCACCCAGUUUUCUUUCUCCAGAUGCUAAACAUUCCUGAUUGCUGAACAGUAUCCAGAAAUAAGAAACCUACCCCAUCUGACAGGCCCCAGAGUCCUCUCUCUUGAAAGUAUCUGUUUGGCUCCUGCAACCCCAUAAGUUAACAGUGCCCUAUCUGUUCUAGUUAGGCCAGGCUUCCAACACCCCACACACACUGUGGGCUGGCCAAGCACUCCUGUAUGGAAGCGAGCAGAAAGGAGGUGGGGAAACCUUGUGUAGGAAAGGAGUGGAUAGUGGCCAGGUGAUUGGAUAGGGUAGGCCCACCUCUUCAGCAGUAACUCCUAUUCCUGCCUGGCGUGAGCUACUCCUUUGAAUGGUGUCAAUAGUGGUCAAGUGAGGGUUACAACAUCAAACUUUUCGGAGUUUAUUCUCCAAGAUAACAGCGAAUCUUUAAAACCAAAGCGCUGGGUCUUGGGAGGAGGGUCUUAGAAACUUCUUUUUUUUUUUGUGGUUUUUGGCCGGGGCUAGGUUUGAACCCACCACCUCUGGCAUAUGGGACCCGCGCCCUACUCCUUGAGCCACAGGCGCCGCCCGAUCAGAAACUUCUGAUAGGAGAAAGACAGACAUGACUGGGGGACCCAGGACAUCAGGAGAGCCCUGAGUCUUUGGGAAUGAGGCAUCACCAUCAGCUGAAGAAUUGAGUGCUGCACACAGGUGCCUCUGUAGUUGUAAGUAGUACUGGGAAGAGGGAACAGCCAUUGUAAACAGGGAUGUGCAUUUCCACCAGAAAAGGAAAUACAGACCUUACUAAAUGCAGUUUUAUUAGAGCUUCAUGAAAGAACAUAAUUAACAUAGCUGUAUAAUUAGUUCAUGACUUUUUUGUAAAGAUCUGGGAUGCUGCUGGUGCACAUGCUUUACAAACUAGUUUAACUAGAGUCUCAGCCUUAGUUUAGGACUUUAGACGAGUACGAGAUGAAACAGGAGUUGUGCAGUGUGCAGUAAGUAUUGUAAAAAUUGUUGUCUAGGAGGUUGGCGUUUAAGGACUAGGUUAUGUGCAGUAUUUCUGCAAAUAAGUUGUUUCUGACUUGUGUGCUGACAAUGCUAGCGGGCUCACAGUACAGUCUGGUUUCUUCUGUAUUCCUCCACUCCGUGCCUUUGUCCAUAUGUUAACACUGAUGUUACCUUGUAUACAGCAACACUAGGUGAACUAGGAGUGUCCCAAGGUGGUGGCUCUCGACUUUGUCUCCUUGUUAGUUGAAAAACUGGGCUCGGGUAGCCUCUUCUGGAUCUCCCUGGGGGAGAACUUGCCUGGCCUGUUGUCUCCACAGUGACUGGACACUACAGAAGAACCAGGACCGUCCUCUGAGCAUUCGCACCUCCCGUGGUCGUCAAAUAGAACUCUGAGCAGUCUUCUAGUUCUCCGUUUUUUCUGCGUCCGUCUAGCUAUGGGGUGGGUCUGCCAUGGGAUUGGUAUUUUUAACUUUCACUUGGAUGAAACUUGUUCAUUUUAAAUAAAGCAACUGGAUUUGGA